UCUUUGGCUAGAGGACAGCAUCAGCAACAGCAGCAGCAGCAGCAGCAGCAGCAGCGGGAGGAGGAUACAUCCCAGACCAAACUGCCCGAGCAACAUGGUCGUUGCGAGAGUCGUCGCUUGCCUGUCCCUGCUGGUGGGCUUCUCGCUCCAGGUGGACGUGAAAAGUGGCAAAGAGGCAGGAAAAGCCGGGAAUUUCAUGGAAGACGAGCAAUGGCUGUCAACCAUCUCCCAGUACAGCCGUAAGAUCAAACACUGGAAUCGCUUCAGAGACGAAGUCGAGGAUGACUACAUCAAAAACACGGAGGAGAACAUGGGUUCUGAUGAAACCAUGGACACCACCAAGGACCCAUGCCAGAACGUGAAGUGCAGCCGCCAUAAGGUGUGCGUCGCUCAAGGCUACCAGAGGGCCAUGUGUGUCAAUCGCAAGAAAGUGGAGCACAGAGUGAAACAGCCAGGGAAUCUGGAGGCCCAUGAAAGCGGCUGUAAGCCUUGUCCUGUGGCCGCCUCCUCACCUGUAUGUGGCUCUGAUGGACACAACUACGCCUCUGAGUGUAAGCUGGAGCAGCAGGCCUGCCUCACAGGCAAAGACCUGAACGUCAUGUGUGCUGGCUUCUGCCCCUGCGCCACAGCCUCCGUUACCAUCACAAAUACUGACACCAAACGUGAGAGCUGCACUGGCCAGGACCUGGCAGACCUGGGUGACCGGCUGAGAGACUGGUUCCAACUCCUUCAUGGAAACGCGAAGCGGAAUAACUCUGGCAAGCUCGGAGCUGGCACCGCUUCAGCGCUGGACAGGAGCCUGGUAGCGAGCUGCAAGGACUCCAUCGGCUGGAUGUUCUCGAAGCUGGACACCAACAGUGACCUGUAUCUGGACCAAGCUGAGCUGGCUGCUAUUAACCUGGAUAAGUACGAGGUCUGCAUCCGACCCUUCUUCAACUCCUGCGACAGCUACAAAGACGGGAAGGUCUCUACGGCGGAGUGGUGCCUCUGCUUCUGGAGAGAAAAGCCGCCGUGCCUCGCUGAGCUGGAGAGGAUCCAGGUGCAGGAGGCGGCCAAGAAGAAGCCUGGGAUGUACAUUCCCAGCUGUGAUGAGGACGGCUACUACAGGAAAGUACAGUGUGACCAGAGCCGAGGGGAGUGCUGGUGCGUCGACCAGCAUGGUGGAGAGAUGAUGGGCACCAGAAUCCAUGGCAACCCCGACUGCGAUGAAGUGGCUGGAUACUCUGGAGAUUUUGGGAGCGGUGUUGGAUGGGAGGAUGAAGAGGAGAAGGAGGCAGAGGACAACGGUGAGGAGGCAGAAGAGGAGGAGGAAGAGGAAGGCGAGGCAGAUGAUGGAGGAUACAUCUGGUAGAACUGUCUGACCCCACGCAGAGAGCCAUGUCACAGCUGCUGGCCUGAAAAUCUACAGGAAUGGCUCUCUCCUAGCAGCAAAAGAUUUUGGGAUCGGACUCAGGAGGCAUGGAAUUAUGUAUCAUCCUGGUGGGAUAUGUGGUGCCGGGCAGGUCCAGUGAUGAGAUAAUGACCAGUUUUUGUCUUAGAUAGGUGUAAUUGCUUCAUUCUCUUCUCUGUUUUUUGAGCAACAGAGCUUUUUGUUUUGCCGUCCUGAAAAGCAGGACCCACUGACUACUGCGCCAUAGGUAGCUAAAGUCCAUCAGAAUUCCUAUCUUGUCAGACCGCCAUCUAUGCAUAUAGAGAUUACCAGUAAUUUUGUAUUGUGUGAACAACUGCUUGAGUAUUAGAGCCGCCGUCCCACUGGAAUGACUAGAGAUCAGAAUUUAAAGGAAUAGUUCAACAAACGCUUUUUUGCUUUCUUGCUGAGAGUUAAAUGAGAAGAUUGAUACCACUCUUAUGUCAUUAAGUUAAAUAUGAAACUAGCAGUUACUUAGUUAACUUAGCUUGUUUUAGAAUUAAAAUUGGAAAUGGGGAAUCAGUUGCCUGGCUCUGUCUAAAGGUAAAACAAAAUCCACCAACUAAUCUGUACAAAACCAAAAAAGCAUGUGGUGGAUGACCAAGGAAGUCACUGUGCCAGUGAAAGAAAUAUUCCAGCACACAACAUCCUGUAAAAAACGCAGACUGUCAUUUUUACACUUUUUGUAUGGAUUAACCAAACGAGAUAUAACGUCUUGAUUAGUGAGCUGUAAAGGUGCUGGUAGGUGGGUUUACUUGCUAUUUAGCUUAGUCAGAUUAGCUGUUUUCCCAUGCUUCCAGUCUUUAAAUGACUGAGAUGGAUAUUUUCAUAAUAAUCAGAUGAAAGUGUGAAAAUGUGACACAGCUAGUUUUUUUUAGCUGUGUGGUCU